AUGGACAAGUUACGUCUAUCACUCGGAACGCAGGAGGCUUUGAACGAUCUAGUGGUUGAGCGUGGCUUGACAGAGUGGCAUGUUGUGCGUGACGCCUGCAUCUUCACUGACUCCGACGAGACAGCUGACCUGGUUUACGGAUAUGCGAUGACUGCAAGCCUUCAAGAAGAGCGCAUUGACCGCAAGCGCAAGCGGAACGCUAAAAACCGGACUGCUGUAAAUGAACAGUCAGAAUGGAGCUGCUUUGCAGUGUUAUCCGCCGUAUCUUCCCACAUGUCUCCAGUUCUUAGUAUCAAGAGGUUCUUGGAACUUCAGCAAUGCGUCGAAGCCAAUGAACCGAUUAAAGGAUCAUCCGCCCUGACGCGAACGUUCAUAUGUCUUACAGAUGCCGCCAAUAUUAGGUACAGACUAAGUGCUCGACGUGCAAGUGAUUCAUGCCAUGUAGAUCUCAUGCGUUUGCCACUACCAACUCCAUUGUCUCGAAAUUAUCUUGUGAGUGCAGGAUGUAGGAUACAUGUUAAAGCUUCAGUACGACGCUGUGUCACGACAAUUACUUCUGGCGCAUUGACUAAGACCGAACGUCCUCUGCCUCUGGCGGGAAUUCGAGUUGUAGAGUGUGGUCAGCUCAUUGCCGGACCUUUUGCUGGAACUAUCCUCAGCUACUUCGGCGCUGAUGUAAUCAAGGUUGAGCCUCCUACUGGUGAUCAGGUGCGCGACUACCGUGAGCUGGACUCUACCAAGACGUCUCUGUGGUGGUAUUCUCUCGGACGUAACAAACGCUCGAUGGCCAUCGAUUUGAACAAGAAAGAAGGUCGCAAGCUAAUGUACGAGAUCAUUCUACAAAGUGAUGUGGUUAUUGAAAACUUUCGACCCGGGCGUAUGGAGAAGUGGGGGCUUGGGCCCGACGACUUUGAAAAGACCAAUCCAAAACUUGUGUAUGCACGUGUGUCGGGUUUUGGUCAAGACGGACCCUAUUCGUCGAGACCGGGCUUCGCAUCGGUUUGUGAGGCCAUGGGUGGCUUCCGGUAUGUUAAUGGCUUUCCUGAUCAGCCACCGGUUCGUCCUAACCUAAGUAUUGGGGAUACUAUUGCUGGAAUUCACACGGCGCUGGGAGUUGUGAUCGCCCUUCUUGGUCGUGAGCGAAGUGCUGCCACUGGGCAGAAUAGCAAUGGACAAGUCGUUGACAUAGCAAUCUAUGAAUCAAUGUUUAACCUCAUGGAGGCGGUGGUCCCUGAAUAUGACUAUGCAGGCACCAUCCGCGAAUGCUCGGGUUCUACGAUCACAGGAAUCGUGCCUUCCAAUACAUAUGUCACGAAAGACAAUAAGAAUGUUGUUCUUGCGGCCAAUGUCGAUGCGUUGUUUAUUCGGCUUAUGAAAGCUAUUGGCCGAGACGAUAUGGCAGCGGACAGCAAGUUUCGCACAAAUGGCGAUCGAGUUGAGCACCAAGCUGAAAUUGAUGCCGUGCUAGCGGCGUGGACUGCUUCGCACGAUCUGGACACAAUUGUUUCUACAAUGGAAAAAGCUGCUGUCCCGGUUGGUCUGGUUUACUCUGUAAAAGAUAUGUUACGAGAUCCGCACUACCAGCAUCGCGGUAUGUUUGAGGAAGUAAAAAUUCCAGAUGGAUUAGGUACUCGGAAGCUGAAGGUGCCUGCAAUACUACCUAAGCUGAAAGCAACACCUGGUGUAACGCAGUUUGCCGGGCGUAAGCUGGGAGAGGAUACACGUCAAAUUCUAGAAUGCGUUCUCGGCCGGUCUCAACCCGAGAUUGAGCGAAUGCUGGCUGAAAAAAUUGUAUUUGAAUCGUAA